GGCAAGUCUCAUCUUGAUGCUUGCAUUCUUCAUUUAGUAUUCAGGAAAAAGAAUGGAGUAUUACUGCAAAAAGUCAUGGCAGAGUGGCCAUUUCAUCGGGAAAGUUAAGAGCCACGAUGAGCUCAUCGAAAACGCUCGCAAACUCAUUCAAGACUUUCAGAAUGCCCGUUCAGAAAUCGGCGAUGACUUUCCAUCUCUCGUCGAAACUGCCAUUGAACUGGAAGAACUCGAAAAGUCGGUCGCUCUCGUCCAACAAGAGGAGUCGCUUCGCACCGCAGCAGUGAUCAGAGAGAUAAAGGGCGCUAUCAGGAGUGUCCACUAUCAAAGCUGGGAAGCCGUUCGAGUAGUCGGGAAGAAAAAUAAGGCUGUAGAGAAGAAUGGACCGGACGCUAUGGUCCCAAAGAGAUAUAUUCAUUCAUUCAGACCCAUGCCCAAAUGGGUUAUUAGGACUAAGGAUACCCUUGAUAAUGCUAUCUUAUGUGCGCAGGUUGGAAUCAUCGGCAACGAAAAGGAUGGGUUUUCGAUUCGGCCUGACAAAGUGUUUGAGAUGAGUGUAAAGACGAAAGAUGUUCUUGGUAUUCACAUGGUUCUUGCUUUGAGAUUGUGGGAUGAGCCUACUUGCAUCGGUGGCCAGGGUACCUAUCCUGACGAUGAAUCCAAGGGUGAGGGAGCUGGUCAGCAUGGUACAGCGGUCGAAGGGAUAGACGAUGAGAAGCAUGAUGCAGAGGAGAGUUCUGUUUAUGAUAACAUUACCCUCGACCAGGCGCGUGCUAUGGCUGGUGAAGUCGGGGUGCAAGGUUGGACUGAAGCGGCCCGGUUACAACCUCGAAGAAUGAAACGCUGAGGAUAAGUUACGAGAAGGGACAUAGUACCAUCAUCUGUUACACACAAGCAAGGAGGCAUUUC